UUAUUAAAACACACAAAUUUUCUUUCAAAUUUCUGUUGAAUACAUCAAAAUGCUUAUCGAUAAAAAUCUUUACACAUUUCUCCUUUAUUUCUGUUUAUUUAAUUUCACUUAUUCGGAAAAAAACGAAAGUGUUUUUGUACCAACAAAUGAAUGGCAAAUUGUUAAAAAAGGUUUACCAUUACCAAAAGGAUUACAUAUAAGAUAUAAUAUGCAAACAGGAAUUGUCGAAGCUAAAUUAAUGGAUCAGGAGGAAAACAAGGAGGAUAAAGAUUUAAAUGAUAAUAAUAUUUCAAGAGCUUUAAUGGUUCAUCCUGAUGAAGUAAUCAAAUCCAAAGAAAAUGAUCCUUUGAUAAAAGAAAAUGUAGAUGAUAAAGACAUUUCCACUAAUGACAUAAGAAGUGUAUUGAAAAUAAAGAAAAGUCAGACAACUGAUAAUAUAUCAAUUAAUGCAAAAGUUUUAUUAGGAAAAAAUACCUAUAAAGAUGAAACUAAAUUCAUUACGAAUUUGCCAACCGAAUUAUCAACUAUGAAUAAGGUUAUUGAAUCGGAUAAAAAACUUUUUGAUGCAUUAUUUACCAAAUUUGAAAUAUUUAAAGAUACCAUGAGUAAAUCACUUUUACUAGAUGGAGAUAUUGCAAUUAUUUUGGAAACUCUUAAUGCUUUAGAAUAUGUAAUUCAUCAUAUCGACAAUGGCUGUUUAUUUACUCAAAUGGAAGGGUUAACUAAGAUUAUAUUUCCGUGUUUGAACAGUACAUAUAAUACUAUCAAAGCUGAAGCUUUAAAGCUUUUAGGAGCUGCCGCUCAAUUAAAUCCAGAAGUACAAGCUAAAGUAUUGGAAAAAGGUUUAAUAAAAAAGGUUUUACAAUUAUUAUGGACAAAUAAGAAUCAUUCAGUGAAAACUAGAUGUCUUUAUGCAUUGAGUGCCUUAAUAAGAAAUUUUCCAGAAGCACAAAAAUCAUUUCUCGAUCAUGGAGGUUUACAAAUAUUUGUUAAAAUCUUGAUCGAAGACGACAAAGAUUUCGAAUCGAAAAUACGAGUUAUGAGACUUGUCAAUGAUUUGAUCAUCGAAAGGCAAGAUAUAGGAUAUUCUGUUGAAACUGAAGAAUAUAAUGAUAAUGUAACAAAUAAAUAUGCCAUGACUGAUUUUAAAAAUAGAAUAAUCAUUCAUGGAUAUUGUAAAAAUUUAAUGGAUCUAAUGAUAAGAAUAUUUAAGCAAGAGCUUGACGAUCCAACUAUCAUUGAGAAUUACGAAUUAUUAGAAAUAAUUAUUGAAAAUAUGAUUAGAAUUAGUAACAUAUGUAAAAAGGAAUUUCACAAGAAUCAAAAUGAAAUUUUAGAAACUAUUACUGACUUGGUAGAUUUUUAUGAAGAUUUAAGUAAAUAUGUUGAUAAGGAUAGUAUCUCGUUAAUCAAUCAACAAAUAAUGUUGGUCGAAAGACUUAUGGUAAUCAUUGAGAUACCAUUGCAUGACGAAUUGUAAAUAAUUUCAAUCACAAGGACAACUGUAUAUAAAAAAAAGAAAAAAAAAAACAAAUCAAAUAUAAUUAUGUAUUAUAAAGAAGAAGUUUUACAAAUUCAGGGAAACUAAGAGAUUACUAUUCUCGUAUUAAUAUUUAAUAAUGCUGUUGAAAAGCAACAUGACGUGCAAAGUAUGGAAAUUUGAUUCUGAAAUUUGAAAAUCUACCAUGUUUUGUAUUCUAAAGAAAAAAAAAAA